AAGAUAUAGAACAUAAAUGUUAUGUUGAAUUAGACAGAAUACAUGUAUGGAGAUACUGUCUGAUUACGACUCAAUGAGGAAAUUGAAAAAUAGGAUCGGCACUCUAAAAGAAGGAACGCCAAAUGCGACCCUACCACCCGACACCAUGAUGAAAGUAAUAUUUCUCCUAUCCUGCCUCGUGGCUUGUGGGCUCUGCCAUUACUAUGACAAUUCCUUUGGCUCGGGCUUUGGAUCAAUGAUGGACAAUGGAUAUGGACAAGAUCUUGGAUUUUCUGGUUAUGAUGGAAUGGGUUCUGGAUUUGGAUCUGGCGUUGGAUCCGGAUUUGGAUCCGGAUUUGGAUCCGGAUAUGGAUCUGGAUUUGGAUCUGGAGUUGGAUCCGGAUUUGGAUCCGGAUUUGGAUCUGGAUUUGGAUCCGGAUCCGGAUAUGGAAAUUUCAACGGCCGAGGAGUAAGCGGACUUGGCAGUUUCGGACGUGGAUACGGAAGCAGGGGGAUGAGACGAAGUCCUGUAAUUGGUGGAUAUUAAGACAGUAGAUAUUCUAGAUACAUCUCAUGCAACAUUAAGA